GGGACGAUGCCCAACUCCGGCUCAUCCUGGUCGGGAAAUCCGGAAGCGGGAAGAGUGCGUCGGGCAACACCAUCCUCGGCCGACCGGUGUUCGAGUCCCUGUUGGCGGCCAAGACCACCACCGUCGAGUGUCAAAGGGCGCAGGGAACCUGGAAGGGGAGGACGAUUUCCGUCUUCGACACGCCCGCUCUGUUUGAUGCUGAAACGAUGGAGACCUCCCUGGAACAGCAGCGCAAAAGCUGCCAUCAGAUGUGCCGCACCGGUCUCCACGCCUUCAUUUUGGUCACCCAGGUGGGGCGCUUCACCGCCGAAGAUGCGGCCGCCGCCAAGCAGGUCUGGAAACUAUUCGGGGACAAGUCCACCUCCCGGACCAUCAUCCUGUUCACCUGCAAGGAGGACCUGGGAGGGGACGACCUGGAGACAUACGUCGGUGAGGCCACGAACGAACAUCUGUGUAAGCUGAUGGAGAAGUGCAACCGUCGCUUGUGCGGAUUCAACAACAAGGCCAAGGGAGCCGAGCGGGAGGAGCAGGUCAACAAGCUGAUGAAGAUGGUGGAGGAGAUCACCAAGGAGAAUCAAGGGGAGCUGUAUGUCAUCCCGGAAGAUCCCGAAAAGCCGUCUCUCUGCCUUUUCAAACUCCCAGGGGACGAUGCCGAACUCUGGCUCAUCCUGGUCGGAAAGUCUGGUGGCGGGAAGAGUGCGACGGGCAACACCAUCCUCGGCCGACCAGCGUUCAAGUCCCUCUUGGAGGCUAAGACCACCACCGUUGAGUGUCAAAGGGCGCAGGGAACUUGGAAGAGGAAGUCAAUUUCCGUCCUUGACACGCCCGCUCUGUUCAACGCCGAAACGAUGGAGACCUCCCUGGAAAAGCAGCUCGAAAGCUGCCGUCAGAUGUGCUGCACCGGUAUCCAUGCCUUCAUUUUGGUCACCCAGGUGGGGCGCUUCACUGCCAAAGAUGCGGCCGCCGCCAAGCAGGUCUGGAAACUCUUCGGGGACAAGUCCGCCUCCCGGACUAUCAUCCUGUUCACCUGCAAGGAGGACCUGGGAGGGGACGACCUGGAGACGUACGUCGGCGAGGCCAAGAACAAAGAUCUGUGUAAGUUGAUGAAGAAGUGCAACCAUCGCUUGUGCGGGUUCAACAACAAGGCUGAGGGAGGCGAGCGGGAGGAGCAGGUCAACAAGCUGAUGAAUAUGGUGGAGGAGAUCACCACGGAGAAUCAAGGGGAGCCGUAUGUCAUCCCGGAAGAUCCCAAUAAAUCAAACCUGUUGUCCAAACAAUUGAAGUGGAUCAAAGAAUUCAAGAAUAAAUUUUGAGAGAAUGUCCAGGGUUCCGACGGACGCCCGAAUGAAUUCAUGAGCCUCCAGCCAAGUAUCGAAAGAAAUCCAAUGAUUUAUUAGGAGCACUUUCCCCAAGGGCGGUCGGCUCGGCCCUCUGUAAUUUCCUGCCAGCCU